CGCUGCUAUGCAUUAGUGCCGCGGCUGGAACGCGAUCAUUCCCAAGAUGGAAUUGGCACCGGAGCCCACUAUACUUGAUGAGGUUUUGAAGUAUGGAUUGUUCGUGGGGGCCAUUUUUCAGCUGUUCUGUAUUGGCGCAGUGAUUUUUCUCCCUCUUAACAAUCAGAAAACGGAUCAAGAGUCCAGUGACGAUGAUGCUUCAGAACAUGGAAGUCCUCACAUCCAUGGAAACUACCGAGGUCACUUACAUCACAGAAAGAAGCAAGAGAAGAAGAAGAGGCGUUGAUUGAACUUUCAUUUUCAUUUUGCACCUACAAAGAGAUUGGAAAAAAGGUGCAGAUGAUGGAGAAGUAUCUGGAGAAAUUGGAGGGUUCUUCUGAGCUGGAGGCCAAAGAACUACUCACCACAUUCACAGAAGAGUAUGGGAGUAAAUUUACUUUCCCUGAACUUUCAGAGGGAAACUUGAGAGUGAAGUUUUGGUCAUUGCUACAGAAGCUCCUUCAAGACAACGAGAAGAGCGGACUUCGGAAGCAAUGCUUGGAGGUAGUACGCAUUCUGAGCCGAGAGCGUGCAGGCCUUGACUCUGCCCUUCAGCCUGAAAUGAUUGCAGUUCUACUUGACCUUUCAUUUCUCAAGGAAAGUUCUGGGUCUUAUUUGCUAAAGGCAUGUAAGCAAGGUGACAGUGCCACUAUAAUAGAAGCACAGAAAUGUCUGUGUAACUUGACAUUUCAUAGUGACAGGACCAAGGAAGCUUUAUGCACUGAAGAAUAUGCACAGAACCUCAUUGCACGUCUCAAGAUGUGGUCGAGUGCAGAGAUUCCCUAUGAUGUGAAGUUUUUUGAUGUGAAGUUGCUUUUCAUCGUCACAGCAGUCAGCUUUGCAAUGCGUACCUAUGUGAGAGACUACUGCAAUGGGAUCAGCAUCAUUGGUGGAGGGCUGCAGAGAGUGGCUGGCUGUGACAAGGAAUCCAGCAAGCCCCUUGUCCUCACUGUGCAGGAUUCUGAUUUAUGCUGUGAGAUACUCAAGGUCUUGUUCAAUGUUUGUAGUGUCAAGGACUUAACUGAAGAAGAUGAAAAAAGACAGAGUAAAACACUGGUGGAAUCAUUGAGGAAAUUACUAUUGUCCACUGGGGACAAAAAAGAGGAGACAGUAAGCAAUGUUGUGAAUUUGUUGACCGUACUAGAUGGUGAAUCAUUCCAAGUCCUCACCACCCCUAUGCCAAAAAAUGCCAAGGAAAAGACCACCAUUGAAUAUGAUGGAAUCAAUGUGUCUGCCAUUCAUGCUCUCCUUGCUUUCUUAGAUGGAAGGCUAGAAAACCCCCAGUGUUCUAAACCACUGGCCGAAGCUGUCUGCCCUGCAUUGAAAGCACUCAUCCGUGUCUGUAGGGCCAAUCGUUAUGCUCGUAAGUAUUUGAGAAAGGAAAUUCUGCCGCCUCUGAGGGACGUCAUGCACAGACCCGAGGAAGGGAACACGAUCCGUGGGAAACUUUGCAGACUCCUCACUUCCCCUCACACAGGUGUGAAGGACCUGGCUGCUGAACUUCUUUUUGUUCUCUGCAAGGAGAGAGUGGCAAGGCUGGUGAAGUAUGCUGGUUAUGGGAACUCUGCUGGAAUGCUAGCUGCUAAAGGACUCAUGCUGGGAGGAAACGGUAUGGUGAGUGAUUACUCAUCGGAAGAGGAAGACAGCGACACGGAGGAGUAUUUAGAAGCCCAAGAUCAGAUCAACCCCAUCACGGGCUGCUAUGAGGAACCGCACGAGAAUCCCAUGGAGAAGAUGACUGAUGAGCAGAAGGAAUAUGAAGCCAUGAAACUGGUUAAUCUCCUGGAUAAAAUGAACCGAGAGGGGGUCAUUCAGCCCAUGAGAGUUGGGGAAGAUGGAAGGCCACAUCGAAUUGAGCAUGUCUUGGAACUGCAGGAGCAUCUUCCUCAAAAUUUUAAACCACAAGAGAGGCAGGGCGAUCAAGAUUCAGAUUCUGACUAAAUGGAACGUCUGCUUGCUGGCAUUGUAAUAUGCUUACAUGUGAUGUUUUUGUGAUUCAUUUUCACUUUUUGUGAUGAUAUUUUGCCAUGAAGGCCUGGUUGGAUUCCUGCGAAGUGGAAGAACACCCCAUGAUUGGAUUUGUUUCUUCCUUCGAACUUGUAUAAAAGUUUGGAUCUAUUGCAAUACUGUAUUUUGUAAUUUUGAUUUCAUGUUUUUAGAUGAGGAUUUCCUAUGUUAAUGGUGUAUUCUUGUUAUCCUCUGUCUGCUACUGAAGGUUGUCAUUCUUGCAUGUCUCCUGUUCAUUAAUUUUCCAGCACCAGCAAUCCUUUGACCUUUCUUAAUUAAUCUUAGGUUAUCCUGAUUCACAAGCAUCAGCAGAUACCUGAGAGCCUUCUGCCAGACCAAUAACAUUAAUAAAAGUGAUAAGUAACUUUUUUUUUUAACUCAUCGGUUCCCAUGAAUUCAGUAAGUUUUAUACUGUUUAUACUGGGUACAAUAUUCCAGCUCACAAUCAAAAAAGAAAAGCUAUAAAGAUGCUGUCCAAUAGUGCUGAAGGAGGAUUCAAAGUACUUUCUCUUUCCUGUCAGAGGAAGUACUAUAUGGGUUUCAUCUGCAGGUGAAAGACUUAAUUUAUGCAGUAAUCUCAUCACUGUCAUUCUGGGGGUGAACAUGGGAAUAAUUGUGUUGUGCUGUCAGAAUGAGAGUGAAAAGUGAAUCCUAGGAAAGUUAUUGUUACGGACUGGAAAUAAAAUGGAUCGUGUACCAA